UACGACCAAGUUUACACAUACACAAAACGUCUCGGUUCUUGCGGCCUUGCGGGAGUUAAAGCAACCGCUAAAAUGGAUACUGAAAAGGGUUAUCCCAGAGGUUUCAGAGCAGACAGUCUACGACCAGAAACCGGCCGCAGAAGUUUUCGGUCAGAUAGUAUGCAGCUCGAUGAAGCACACGAGCUACCACAAGGCGUGAUAGCACAAGAGAAUUCGACUUAUCUCGUCCUCUUCAAGAACAUAGACAGUGGAAACUUGGAAGCCACGAAAGAUUUCUUGGACCGAAACCCUGAGGCUUUGACCGCAAGCUUAACCUCCAACGGAGACAGACCAAUCCAUAAAGCCGUUUUGUCGGGUCACAUCAAGAUCGUGGAAGAGAUCAUAAGACAAAUUCACAAUCCAGAGCAAGUCUUGGAGAUCAAGAACGAUAAUGGUUACACGGCGCUUGCUUAUGCUGCGACUGGUGGGAUUGUGAGAAUCGCAGAGUGUUUGGUGGAUAAAUGUCCCGGUUCGGUUAGUGUUCGGAAUGCGAAAGAGCAUAUACCGAUCGUGGUGGCUUCGCUGUACGGUCACAAAGAUCUGGUUCGGUAUCUUUAUAAUCACACACCUCUCAGUGAUCUUGAUCCUUGUGAUGAGUCAGAUGAACACAAGGGCAAGAACGGAGCGAUGCUCGUGACCAAUUGUAUUGUUGAUGGACUAUAUGGUAUUGCUUUGGAUCUGAUUCAGAGGUAUCCUAAGCUGGCUUAUACUAGAGACACUGAUAACGAUACAGCGAUCAUUGCGCUUGCUCAAACGCCUUGUGCGUUCCCUAGCGGCAUUCACAUAGAGAAGAUUAAUAACCCUCAUGAAGUUAUGAAUCAUCAUCACCAUAGAUACAGGAUAUCAGAAAAUUAUCAAUGGAUUCAAGAGAAGUUGUUGAAACACCUCAAAUUUCUUUUUCCACACAUAAGACUCGUAUACAAACUAAAGCUAGGGCAUGCUCAAGCCAAAGAGAUACUAGAAUGUAUCUGCCAAGAGAUACCUAACUUUGAUGCGACUCAACAGAAAGAUGCGGGUCUAAACCAAGCUCUCUUCAAGGCGGUAGAGAAUGGUAUCGUCGAGUACAUCGAGGAAGUGAUGAAGCAUUAUCCUGAUAUCGUGUGGUUCAAAGAUAGUUAUGGUCUUAACCUCUUCUUCUACGCGGUAAGUCAGAGACAGGAGAAGAUCUUUAGCCUCAUUUACAAAAUGGGUGCUAAGAAGAACAUCCUCGCUACAGCUUGGGACAAACUCCAUAACAACAUGCUUCAUCACGCCGCGUAUAGGCCCCCAGCUUCGCGGCUUAACCUCAUUCCCGGUGCUGCUCUUCAGAUGCAAAGGGAAAUACAAUGGUUCAAGGAAGUGGAAAGGCUAGUGCAACCGAAGCAUCGAAAAAUGAUUAACUUGAAGCAGAAGAAAACUCCACAGGCUCUGUUUAAAGACCAACACAAGGAUUUAGUUGAUCAAGGAGAGAAAUGGAUGAAAGAAACAGCAACUUCUUGCACAGUCGUGGCGGCUCUAAUUACCACAAUGAUGUUCUCAUCCGCGUUUACUGUCCCCGCAAGCUACGACAGUAAACCAACAUUAUUCAUGAUCUUCAUCAUCUCGGACGCUAUAUCUCUCUUCACCUCAUGUAUGUCUCUGCUCAUGUUCCUCGGCAUUCUCAAGUCUCGUUACCGCGAAGAAGAUUUUCUUCGAUCACUUCCGACGAAACUGAUCGUGGGUCUUGCGUCAUUGUUUCUCUCGAUGGUGACGAUGAUGGUGAGUUUUGUCGUGACGCUCAUGACUCUGGUUACAUUUAAAGGGGGAAAGAGAUGGAUUUCAGCUCAAUUUAUGUUGCUGGCGGUGAUUCCGGUGGGGAUGUUCGGUGUUCUUCAGUUUCCGGUGCUAUUUGAGAUCUUCCGCUCGACUUAUUUCCCUAGAGUUUUUGAUAAGCCUCGCCAGUCUCGGCGAAUGUUUAAGCUCCGCUCGAGAGAAUAAUUGAUAUAUAAUCAAAUUUUAUCAUUUGUAACCAAAGUUAUGGAACACAGUCGUCGACUCAUCGAGAUAUGAUCAGAGGUUACUCGACCAAGUUCUCUAUUCAUUUGGAUUUUGAUCAGAAGUAUCUAGCUAGUUUUAUUCUCCGACUAAUUAAUGAUGGUCCUUGAGAUGAUGGAGAAAUAAAAGAUGUAUUUUGUUUUACAAGUAUAAGUAUGAGACGCAGGACCGUGCCUAUGUAGAAAAAAAAAGAAACCUUCGCCUACAUUUAUUAAUUUUAUAUAGAUUUUAGUGAACAAUAUUUAUAGUUAUGUUUAUGUGGUAUUUCUUUUAUUUGUUAAUAUCUUUUCUAGAAAAUUAAAACCAGUCUAUCAACAUAAUGUCUAAGAUAGUUAUGUAAAUCUAUA